AUGUCAGUUGUGCGAAGAAAGUUUGGGGAUGACUAUCAGGCAGUGGUGGCUGCACCAUCGCAUCGGAAACGGCAGCGCUUUGUAGACAAGAACGGACGCUGUAAUGUCCAGCAUGGCAACCUGGGCAGUGAGAACAGUCGCUACCUUUCCGACCUCUUCACCACCCUGGUGGACCUCAAGUGGCGUUGGAACCUUCUAAUUUUCUUGCUGACCUACACUGUUGCUUGGCUGGUGAUGGCCUCCAUGUGGUGGGGAAUUGCUUAUUUGCGUGGGGACCUAGAUAUACACCAGGGCCCCAGUUCAGGACAUAACCCAUGUGUAGCUAAUGUCUACAACUUUCCCUCAGCCUUCCUCUUCUUCAUUGAGACAGAAGCCACCAUUGGCUACGGUCAUCGCUACAUUACUGAGCGUUGCCCAGAAGGAAUUGUGCUUUUUCUGUUCCAGUCACUGCUGGGCUCUGUGGUAGAUGCCUUCCUCAUCGGAUGCAUGUUCAUCAAAAUGUCCCAACCCAAGAAACGUGCUGAAACUCUAAUGUUUAGCCGUGCUGCUGUCAUCUCACAGCGAGAUGGAAAACUCUGCCUUAUGUUUCGGGUGGGCAACCUCCGCAACAGCCACAUGGUCUCAGCCCAGAUCCGUUGCAAACUCAUUAAGUCACGACAGACACCAGAAGGUGAAUUCUUGCCACUAGACCAAUGCGAGCUUGAUGUUGGAUUUGGAACUGGGGCCGACCAACUGUUCCUCGUUUCUCCUCUAACCAUCUGUCAUGAAAUCAGUGAUAAGAGUCCUUUUUUUGCCCUCUCACAAAGAUCCCUAAGGAGCGAGCAGUUUGAAAUUGUCGUAAUCCUUGAAGGCAUUGUUGAAACUACGGGAAUGACUUGCCAAGCCAGGACCUCUUAUACAGAAGAUGAAGUCCUCUGGGGCCACAGAUUCCUCCCUGUGAUGUCGCUGGAAGAUGGCUUUUUCCGUGUGGAUUAUUCUCAGUUUCAUGGCACUUUUGAAGUUUCAACUCCUCCCUAUAGUGUGAAGGAGCAAGAAGAGAAUUUGGCUCUCCCGUCACCUCUGAACACGCCUACUGGGAGUCAUAGGAGUCGACGGGAAAAGAUCUCCUCUCUUGACUGUCUUGAAUUUUUUGAAGAGAAAAGCAGCCAUCUUCCCAUCAAGUUUCAGAAGAUUUGUUCUGGGAAGGGAGAUAUCCAGAGAGGUAUUCCAAGCCUUUGCUCCACCAAUGUUGAGAAAGCUUGCAGCACGGGUGACCUCUUGAAAAUCCAGCAGAUCAGUUCUGUCUGCAACAUGGAGGAGGAAGGUGAAAAGCUGAAGUUGGCAGCCUUCAAAACCAAAUCAGAGCUCCUGGCUCGGUCCACUGGGAACCUUGAAUUCCAGCAGAGACCUCAGCUCUUGCAUACCCUGGGGGCAAGACUGGAGGAUCAUUUGCCUGCCAAGUUACGAAAAAUGAAUUCAGGUCUUUUCUCCUAA